CGAAAAGUGGAAUUUCUCAUAGGAAAUAAGCAAAACUGUCUCAGCUCUGGCAGGAAACAGUGCUAACCUGGGACUCAGCUGCUCACUGUGACAAUCGUGUGGACCAAACAGGAAUUGAGGACCUUUGAGGACAGUCCUGGAGUCGGAGCUCGGAGUGUUUGGACUGUGUAUUUGUGUCUGAGGGACUUUUCUGUGUUUUCACAGUGUUUCUGACCUUUGGUCAGUUCAGAACAAACAUGGCGUCUGUCAGCAGAGAAACACGGCGACUGUUCGUCCUACGCCUCCUCAUCGCUUCUGUCCUAGCAUGCACUGGGCUUGCUGGAGAGGUGUUCGUGAGCAGACCCGAGGCCAGCGUCUUCCUGCAUCGCAGUCGUCGAGCGAACUCUCUGUUGGAAGAGUUGAGACAAGGUAACCUGGAGCGAGAGUGUCUGGAGGAGAAAUGCUCCUACGAGGAGGCCAAAGAGAUCUUCGCUCUGCCACAACAGCUGGAGGCCUUCUGGAGGACGUACACAGCGGUGGAUCACUGCCUCUCGUCUCCCUGUAAGAACGGCGCGACCUGUACUCGCCAGGUCGACACAUACGCCUGCAAAUGUCCACCUGGUUUCCAUGGAUACAACUGCGACAAAGUGCGUCUGACCUCCAAUGGCUGUCGCUACAGAAACGGAGGAUGUGAACAUUUCUGCAGAGAGUUUCCGGAUCGUUCUUACGCCUGUUUCUGUGCUCCAGGAUACAGGCUGGAUCAGGACAACAGCACGUGCCUGCCUGAAGAUGGAGUUCCCUGUGGAAGACCACUGCUGCAUUUUAGCCCCAGGGUUGUUAACGGGAAGAUCUGCCCCAAAGGACACUGUCCAUGGCAGGCUCUGCUGACUGAGAAUAACGUCUACACCUGCGGAGCCAUCGUCCUCUCAGAUCAGUGGGUUCUAACUGCAGCUCACUGCGUUUGGAGAAAACCUGUCGCCAUGUUUCACGUCACUGUCGGUGAGCAUGACCGAGAGGAGGAAGAGAAGACCGAGCAGAGGAGGCGGGUGCUCGAAGUGGUGAUCCACCCCGGUUACAACCAGUCCAGCUCCGACAGCGACCUGGCCAUGCUGAAGAUCUACCGCCCAGUAAAACUGGGACGCCAUGUGGUCCCCAUUUGCCUUCCCGCCCGGAACAGCACCUUCAUCAGGACGCUGGCGACUGUCCGCCACUCCACCGUGUCUGGCUGGGGCCGCCUGGCCCAGUUUGGUCCCCCUGCCAGAUUCCUCCAGCGGCUAGUGCUGCCCAGAGUCCCUCUGCAGGAGUGCCGCCUCCACACCAAGCUCAACAUCACCAGGAACAUGCUCUGUGCCGGACACAGGGCUGGAGGUCAGGACGCCUGUGAGGGCGACAGCGGAGGCCCUCUGGUGACGCGCUACAAGAAAACCUGGUUCCUGACGGGUGUGGUCAGCUGGGGAAAGGGGUGCGCGAAUGAAAACCUGUACGGCGUCUACACCAGAGUCAGCAACUUCCUGGACUGGAUCGAGGAUAUCAUGUCCACUGGCUAAAACGGGCUCAGGACUGAGAUGGCAGUCCCUAACCAAAAUAUAUUCAGAUUACUAUCACGAAAACUUAUCAACAUAAACAAAAAGUGUUUGUGAUCUAUAUUUACCACACAAAUGCUGUAUGGUUUUUUGCCUUGUCCAAUUAAAGCCUUGUCAGAUUAGUUUAAAUUGUUGGUGGCUCAUAUUUACCCUGUGACAUGUUGAUUCUUUUUGUUGUUGAAAAUAAAGAGAAAUCUU